AUGAAUGGUACAACGGAUAGUCAUGAUAUGUCAACCAGCUAUUAUAUUGGUAAUAAUCCAAUUAAAACAUCUUCUAAUGAUCAAUAUCCUUCUACAUUUACACCAAAUGUUCAUAUGAAUCAAUCAUGUUUAUCUACUAAACGUAAUAAUAUUAAUUCUGAACAAACAUUUAAACCAUUACCAAUAAAACCAAAUAAUUUUUCUCAACAUGAUAAUAAUAAUAAUAAUAUACAAAAACAACAACCAUCAACUAAUCUAAGUGUAUAUAAUUUUGAAAAUGAUGCAUUAUCUUCAACAGCAUAUUAUGAUCAUAUUCAUGCUCAAGUUCGAACAAAUAUUCCUAUAUUUCAACAUAACAAUUCUACAUCAACAAAUACAACUAAUUCAACAAUGCAUCAUCAACAUAAUAAUUCAUUAUCACCAGAUCCAUCUAGACAACCAACACCUGCCAUACCUCAUGGUCAAACGGAAUCAACCUUUUUAGUUAUACCAGCAGCUAAAACAAAUGGACAAACAACUAUACUUCAACCACCAAUAUCAACUCCAUCAACAUUUACUCCAAUACCAAUGUUUGAUUAUUCAUUAUCUAAUCAAGUAACAAGUGAUGAUGAUCCACCACUUGAUUAUCUACAUUAUUCAAUGGAUUCACUUAUUCGACGAUUAGUACCUACUGAUUCUUAUAUUCCAAAGCAAUCAUUUAUUUAUCCAAUGCUUUUAUGUUCACGAAUGAAUAUUCGACCAAGUUUGUUAUUUAAUCAUUUAGCACGUUUAACAAUAAAAUCAGUAGUUAAUUUAACAUUCGAUCAAAGUAUUCGAACAAUGAAUAAUUUUCUUUAUGUUUUAUCACAAUGGACACGAACAUUUCCAUAUGAUUUUCGUAAUAGUGAAAUGAUGUCACAAAUUGAAGAUCUUUUUAAAAAAAUAACUUCUUUUGAAUCAACUUUUCAAUCAGAUGUACAUUAUAUUUACAAAAAACUUCGUUCAAAACUUAAAGCAUUAGAUAAUUAUGAAGAAUAUAUUCGACAAUUAAAUAAAAAAGCAAUGACUAGUCUAAAUCAAUCAGCAUUAGUUACGGACAUUAUAAAUGAAUGUUCAACACCAAUAUUAUUUGCUCAACAAUUAACUCAUAUUGAACUGGAUAGAUUAAAACCAGUUGGUGCUGAAGAAUUAAUACAAUAUUUUAUAAUGAAAUUAGCAUCUGAAGAAGUUCGUGCACAUCCAAAUAAAAUGCAUCAAGUUGAAUCAUCAUUAAAUGAUAUUGAUAAUUCAAAUAAUAAAUCUAAAAAUUUAAUACAUGAUAAAAAAUUAACAUUUUGUCUUGAAGCUUAUAUACAAUGGUUUAAUCGGUUAACAUUUUUUAUUACAACGGAAAUUGUUAAACAUACACAAAGACGUUCACGUGUACGAUUAAUUAAUUAUUUUAUUGAUGCUGCUUAUGAAUGUUUUCGUAUACAAAAUUUUAAUUCUAUGAUUGGAAUACUUGGUGGUUUAAAUAUGCAACCUAUAAGACGAUUAAAAAGAACUUGGGGAAAAGUUCAAAUGGAAAAAUUUCAACAACUUGAGCAAUAUAUAAAUGUAUCAAAAAAUUUUGCUACAUAUCGUCUUACACUUAAAGUAGCUAUGGAAGAAGCAGAAAAAUAUGGUUGGAAAACAGACAAAAUUGUUAUACCAUUUACUAGUAUUGUUUUACAAGAUGUUUAUUUUAUAAAAACACACAGUAAAGAUUAUACAACAGCUGGUGGAAUUAAUUUAAAGAAAUAUUAUUCAAUGGCUAAAUUUAUUUCUGAAGAAUUUUUAUUAAUUGUUUUUUUUUGUAUAGCUCUAAUGCUUGCUUCAUUUGCAUGUGAACCACCAGCAAGUAUCGGUGAAAAAGAAAAACAUAGAUCAUUACAGUAA